AUGGACUCCAGCCAGACGCCAAUUCAACAACAAAUACAGACGCCUUCCUUGCAGUUCAACUCCAGUCCCGACGAUACAUUUAAGAGAGAACCUGGUCCUCAGCCCACACCCAUCGUCACCAUGAACGACAGCGAUAUGCCCGUCAAGGCUGAAGUGAUGGCUCCUGCAGGAAUCUGGACCACUCCCACUCAGACUAUGAGGCCCCGGCCAGCCACGAUUCACGAGGGUUUCUCUUACACUAUGGGUGAGGAGUACGGCGGUAUAAAUCCUUGGGCCCCUUCGUCUCUAUCGCUCCAGCAAACACCCAGCGAUACCAUGUCUUCGCGGCCAGUCUCUAUGCACCAAGAGUUCUACACCCCGACCACCAUAGGGUCAAAUCCGUGGAAUCAGAAGCCUUGUGAAGACAACUUUGAGCUUCAGAAUCUCGACGGCGAUAUUAACAUAGGGCAGGCAUACACUACGGACGAAGCCAUCCCGAUUCUCGACUUGAGGUACCAGGGACCGCCUCCGGACGGCGAGUCGCUCUGCCUCGACAAUACCAUGAGCAACCGUCGCAUGUCUGGAUCGUCUUUCACUAUGUCGACAUCUGGUGGGCUUUCUGAGAUGGCAUCAUACGAGGACUUUUCGGCAGCGCUUUCAGAAGCACCUUCUUUUGGAUCCGAAUACCCGCCACCCUCCAACCGAAACUCGCUCAUGUCCUCGACGCAACUUUCUCCCGUCGCCUCUCCUCGCAUGACACCCCAGGGCAGGUCAGAGCUUGUAAGGACGCACAGCCGUGGUCGAGCAUCUCCGUCGCCGCGUCCAGGAAUUAGGACAGCACCUUACAGCGUGGAUGUUGCGAGGAAUAAGCGCUGGUCUACGGGAUCCUAUGGUCCUGGCCCCAACCGGCGGCCGUCUCCGUUUGUGUACCACCCCGGAAGCGAUAUCUUUGCCGGCCAUCAAAGGAUGGCAUCGUCAAGGCACUCAUCGCCUACUAUACCGAGCAAUCAUCUACCGCUUAACUUUGGCAAUCUACAGGCUGUGCAACAGCAUCCUUACUUGAUGCCCGGAGUGCCCGGGGCGCCGGCAUUCCACCGUAACAGUAUGCUUCUGCCUUCACAGCUUCCAUCACAGCUGCCAUCACAUGGGUUCCACCCCGACGUGCCCCACCAUCAUUUCGAGGCGCCACCACCGCUUCUCUCCCACGGUCUCUUCCGCAUGCUCCAAAGUAACGCGGACCCUCAUGCGCUCCAUGCCCAUUACACUGAUCUCUCUGACCCUCCGGACCUCUACGCAUCGCUCCACGAGGAGCAAAUCCCGCCUCCUCCGGAGGACAUGAAUCCAUCAGAUCCCGAUCUCGUCCCCCAUGAGCAAGAAUUACGGUUUGAGGGGGAUCUCUAUACUCCCCGAUGGGUCCGUGGCCACGGAAACAAGCGAGAGGGCUGGUGCGGAAUCUGCAAGCCCGGGCGGUGGCUUGUCCUCAAGAAUUCGGCAUUCUGGUAUGACAAGUCCUUUACGCACGGCAUCAGCGCAGCGACGGGAAGCCCAUUCCAGGAGCCCCAAGAAACGAGACGGAUGGACGGCAACCCGGACGUCUGGGAGGGCCUCUGUGGCAGCUGCAAUGAGUGGAUUGCGCUGGUGAGCAGCAAGAAGAAGGGAACCACCUGGUUCAGGCAUGCAUAUAAGUGUCAUACCCAUCCCAAGAUCAAGGACGCUCCUAAGCGUCGUAGGGAGAGCACCAGCCGGGCUCUCGCUCCGCCUCCCCUCACCAAGCCGAUGGCGGAUGGCCAGCCGCAGCAACCACCUUUGACCCCCCAACAGGCUCAAGCACCCCCUCAGCUUCAAUUACAACUGCAACCACAGCAGCAACAGCAACAGCAACAGCCUCCAUUGACACCGCAGCAUCAGGUUCCUCAACCACUAACUCCCGUUGGCCCGGUCCACCCGUUGUCUGCCGGCUUGAUGCCAAUGCAAGCUCAAGGCCAGAUGAUGCAGAUCCCGGUCCAACAAACUCCGCAGUUAGCGCUUCAGCAUAUGCAGCAGCAGCAGCAGCAGCAGCAGCAGCAACAACAACAGCACCACCACCCACCUCACCAUCACUUACAGCUAGUUCCUCCCCCGCGGCCGAUCCCGCAGACCAGCCACUUGAUGAUCCCCGUCGAUGGUGGAAUGCCGGGCAUGAUUUGA